UUAGGUGGACGAGAUGCAGAUUUGUUAGCUGACGUAAAGAAGGCCAUUGACUAAAUAUUCGCAGGAAUUACUUUUGUCAUUUGUCGGCAAAGCAUCUGGGAUAGCUAUCAUUCACGUAAUUUAAAUAAUAGAUAAACAAAGAUAAUGAAAGGUGACACGAAAAAUAAUUACACUCUGACGACCAACGGACGAGCUUCACUAAAAUAAAGUUUUCGUAGAGUAACGUUCUUCUAGAUCACUAUUAAUAUCUACAUAUGUAUAUAUUUUUUGAGAUUAGUCCAAGUGCCUCAAUUUGACUGUGAUCGAAAAUCAAUAAAUGCGGCUGUCAUGCUACUUGGGUCGGUGCAGGAUAUAGAAAUACUUCGAGUAUAAUGCUGCAUAUCGCACCAAAUAAAACUAUGCCCGAUGAUCCAAUAACUGGUACAAAAAGGCGUGAAGUAAUUAGAGUGUCUACUGAUGGCGAUUGUAUACCCCUCAAAUGGAAUUGGGCUGCAACUUGGUUCACAGCGCCCCCAAAAUUUAAGGACUUUUUUGCGCGAAUUUACCAGUUCGAAGUGAGAAAUGAUGAUGUCUUCAUAGUCACCUUUCCGAAAUGUGGGACAACUUGGAUGCAAGAAGCCGCUUGGUUGCUACUUAAUAACUUGGACUAUGAAGAGGCGAGUCGAGCGCAUUUGCUAAAGCGCAGCGUCUACAUGGACAUCAGUAUGUUAUAUGAUCCAAGGUACGAAGACAGCGUUACAUUGGCUGAACAGCUCAAAUCGCCACGAUGUAUCAAAUCUCAUUUGCCACCGCAUUUAUUGCCGCGCCAAAUUUGGCAAAAGAAGGUGAAGUUAAUUUACUGUGCUCGCAACCCGAAAGAUGUUUUGAUCUCCUUCAGUCACUUUAUACGCGGCAAGGGCGCCUACCAAGGCGACGAGGACGAUUUUCUUAAUGACUUCUUAAAUGCUAAUAUAACUUAUACUCCUUUUUGGCCUCACGUUUUCACCAUGUGGCAAAUGCGCACCGAGCCGAAUGUAUUUUUCGUCACCUUUGAGGAAAUGAAACGCAAUCUCCGGGGAGUUUUGGAGCGUUUGAAUGUGUUUUUGGAGAAACCCGCUUUGACUGAAGAGCAGAUGGAGAAGCUAUUGAAGCACCUGUCAUUCGAAAAUAUGAAAGCAAAUCAUCAAACGAAUCCAACGGAAAUAAUUAAAGGUUCUGGUCAAAGGGCUGUGGCUACCGACUUUGAAUUUAUGCGUCGUGGCAUAGUUGGCAGCUACAAAGAUGAAUUGAGUGAGAGAAAUCAGCGGCGUAUCAAUGACUGGUCUGAGCAAUUCCUUAGCCAAUUUAAUGUUAGUGAAGCCGAUAUUUUCGGCGAUACCUAACGACUCCAAGGAUGCCAAUUAAAAUGUAAAAAGAUGAACUGGAGGAGGACAAACGAUGGUUCAGACUUUAGCUUCAUAGGAUUCGUGCAGUUUGUGUUGUGGUUUUUCAAAGGAACUCAGUUUCAUUUAUAUUAUGUUUUAUUAUUUGAAAUAUAAAUAUAUGUACUACAUAUGUAUAUAACCUAAUCUUUUAAACAAUA